ACCCAACAAAGACUCAAACCACAACCCAACCUCACACCAUCACCAAUCUCCCAAAAAACACUCACCCUCCUUUCACAAACUCAGAUCUGAGUUAUCAUGAAAAAAAGGCAUGCCUAAUUUUCACUAACCCCUCCUUUCCUUCACAAAAGCCAUUAAGGAACCUUUUUGUAUUCUUAAAAUUUUAGAAAUGGAAAAAGUGGCUCCUCCUCCGAUUCUGAUGCACAAGAAGCGCGAUCUAUCAUACGGCGUCGUUCGGGAACCCCAGAGCGAGAGUUGGAGUGCCAAAGAGUGGAACUGGGACAGCGUGAGGUUCGUUGGGAAACCCUUACCCUCCUCCAACGACGACGUUUUCGAAGAAGAGAGUGUGCCGUUGCAGUUGAAUCUUGGCAGCGUCGUAGCCAGAGCGAACAACAAGAGAGUGAGGUCCGGUUCUCCCGGAACGGCAUCGUAUCCGAUGUGUCAGGUCGAUAACUGCAGAGAGGAUCUGUCCAAGGCGAAGGACUAUCACCGAAGGCACAAAGUGUGUGAGGCUCAUAGCAAAGCUUCCAAAGCGCUUCUCGCCAAUCAAAUGCAACGGUUCUGCCAGCAGUGUAGUAGGUUUCACCCGCUCUCCGAGUUCGAUGAGGGAAAGCGUAGUUGUCGCCGGCGACUCGCCGGGCAUAACCGUCGCCGGAGGAAAACUCAGCCGGAGGAUGUUGCUCCCGCUACACCCGUACCCACCGCCGCCAAUUUGGAAAUUUUCAACUUGUUGACUGCCAUAGCUGGAGCCUCUCAAGGAAAAUUUGAGGAGAAAAGGUCACAAAUUCCGGAUAGAGAGCAGCUUGUGCAGAUUCUCAAUAGGAUACCUUUGCCUGCUGAUCUUGCAACCAAGUUGCUGGAUGUUGGUAAUGUCAAUGGGAAAAAAGAUCAUGUGCAAAUGCAGACUCCAUCCGCCUAUCAUCAUCAUGACCAACUGAACCACUCCCCCUCUGCCCCAUUAACUAUGGACUUGCUUGCUGUUCUUUCCACCACUCUAUCUGCCCCUGCUCCCGCCCCCAAUGCUGUUGCAUCACUAUCUCAAAAUCACAGUUGCAGUAGUGAUGGUGGCAGUGACAAGUGUAGGGAUAGUGCUGACCAGUCCAGAGGACAGCAAUUCUUUUCAGUUGGUGGAGAAAGAAGCAGUAGCAGUUCGCAGUCUCCAGUUGAAGAUUUAGAUUGCCAGGAGGAUGUUCGAGUUAAUUUACCGCUGCAACUCUUUAGCUCCUCUCCAGAAGACAACAGCCUGCCAAAAAUAACGUCUUCGCGGAAGUAUUUCUCAUCUGACAGUAGUAACCCCGUUGAAGAGAGGUCGCCAUCGUCUUCUCCUGUUGUGGAGAUGCAAUUUGAUUUGCAGGGUGGGGCUAGAGGUUUCCAGCCGGAGGGCAUAAUCUCAACUGGAAGAGGUGUUAACAGAGAUAAAGAAGCUAGCCAAAUUCAUAGUUCUAAUAUCUCUCUUGACCUCUUUAAAGGGCCGAAUAACAGGAUCCAACAACCUAGUUCACUUCAAAGUGUUCCAUUUCAAGCUGGGUAUGCAUCUUCGGGCUCUGAUAAUUCACCUCCCAGUUUGAAUUCAGAUGCGCAGGAUCGAACUGGGAGGAUAAUGUUUAAACUAUUUGACAAGCAUCCUAGCCAUUUCCCAGGAACAUUGCGAACACAGAUUUACAACUGGCUUUCUAGUAGGCCAUCAGACAUGGAGAGCUACAUAAGGCCUGGUUGUGUGGUCCUAUCAAUUUAUGCUACAAUGCCUUCUGCUGCCUGGGUGAAACUAGAAGAAAACUUCCUCCAACGAGUUCAUUCCUUAAUUCAAAAUUCUGAUUCUGAAUUUUGGAGGAAUGGAAGAUUUCUAGUUCAUUCUGGCAGUCAGUUGGCUUCACACAAAGAUGGGAAUAUACGCAUAUGCAAAACAUGGAGAACAUGGAAGUCUCCGGAGUUGAUAUCCAUUUCUCCUUUGGCAAUUGUUAGUGGACAAGAAACCUCUAUUUCGUUGAAGGGUAGAAACCUGUCAACUCCUGGCACCAAGAUUCAUUGCACAGGUACUGGCUCUUACACAUCGGCAGAAGUCAUUGGAUCGGCAUAUCCUGGUGUGACAUAUGAUGAGAUAAAGUUGAAUGGUUUUAAAGUUCAGGAUGCAUCUCCUGGUGUUCUGGGUCGGUGUUUCAUCGAGGUUGAAAAUGGUUUCAAGGGUAACAGUUUUCCAGUGAUAAUAGCUAAUGCUACCAUUUGCAAGGAAUUGAGACCACUGGAGUCUGAAUUUGAUGAGGAGGAACAGAUAUGUGAUGCCAUUUCAGAGGAACAUGAACAUCAUUUUGGAAGGCCCAGGUCAAGGGAGGAGACUUUGCACUUUCUGAAUGAGCUUGGCUGGCUCUUCCAAAGAGAAAGGUUCUCGUUUGGGCAUGAUGAGGUUCCAGCUUAUUCGCUUGACAGGUUCAAAUUUGUACUCACAUUUGCUGUGGAAAGAGACUGUUGCAUGGUAGUCAAAACCCUUCUGGAUGUGCUGGUUGAUAAACAGUUGGAUGGGGAAUGGUUGUCAACAAGAUCAGUGGAGAUGCUGAAUGCAAUUCAACUCUUAAAUAGAGCAGUGAAAAGAAAGUGCAUAAACAUGGUUGAUUUGCUCAUCCACUAUUCUAUACCUAGCAAAAAUGAUACAUCCCGGAAAUAUGUAUUUCCACCGAAUUUUGAGGGUCCUGGUGGUAUUACACCCUUGCACUUGGCAGCAUGCACAUCGGGUUCUGAGAGUGUAGUUGACACUUUAACAAGUGACCCACAGGAGAUUGGGUUGAAGUGCUGGGAAUCCCUCGAGGAUGCAAAUGGACAGACUCCACGUGGUUAUGCCAUGAUGAGAAACAAUCAUUCUUAUAAUGUGCUGGUUGCCCAAAAACUUGCCGAUAGACAAAGAGGUGAAGUUUCGGUAAAAAUUGAGAAUGAGAUAGAGCAACUGUCACUGAGAGUGGAGCAUAAGCAAAAGCAAAGUAGUUACCUAGUCAAACGAAAUAAGAAUUCUUGUGCCAAGUGUGCAAUUGCAGAAAUCCACUAUAACAGAAGAAUUCCAGGUUCACAGAGCUUGCUUCACCGCCCCUUUAUUUAUUCAAUGCUAGCUGUUGCUGCUGUCUGUGUGUGUGUAUGUGUGUUCUUCCGUGGACACCCUUCCGUAGGCUCAGAUGCUCCCUUCAGUUGGGAAAAUCUGGGUUAUGGCACAAUGUAAUGCUACUAUUGGUAAAUGGAAUUCGGAUAAAGGGAAUGGAAGGCAUAAAUCAGAUUGAAAAGCCAAAUGUUGCAAUGUUGCUUUUUCCCCUGACAAGGCAAAACUGCUGCGUGGGAAAAUGGGGCAUUUUGUGAUGAGAGCCCAAUGUUAACGUAUUAUAUGUUGAUGUGGAGCUAUGUUUGGCAGAUCCAGGAGAAACAAGAAAGUAGAGCUGCCUUGUGUACAUAGUCUAACUUGAAUGGUGCAUAUUCCUAUAGUGCUGGAGUGUUAAUGAUAUGAUAAGUUAAAACCUGAAUGUUUAUCGAGAUUGGUGUUGGGGGUUCAGGGUUAGAGAAAUCCUUAAAUUUUCAGACCAGACAAAACAUGACCUUCCACAUUUAAGUUGGAAUGGUGAAUUAUGGCCACAAGCACACUAACAAUUAUGAGAGCAGUGGAACGUUCGGAAUGAAGAGAAGUGCGGCGAGUAAAUGUUAAUACUGAUUAUGAGAUCAGUAUCAGUACUUGGGUUCAUUGCCUCCUUACGUCCCAACGGUAAACCAGGAAAUGUUCCUUGCUUUAUUUUUCCCUUUAAUUGUUAUAAGUCAAAAUUUCAAGUCCAAGGUAUUUUGAUGCAUCAAUUUCGAUACUGUAAAGUUUGAUUUUGAGGGUACUGAUCACAGGGCUGACGAUAUUCUAUGAUUAAGAAGUGUAAUAUAUACUAGUUAUGUCUAAUUUAAUCCACGUUUCAGUUUUCUUUGCCCACCCUCCCACCGGUCUAUUAUGUCUCAACCAGGAGAGUUGUACAUGGUUCAUUUGUGGAAAGCUACAAGUUCUUCCACAAACGAGCGUCUUGGAUUGCAAAAGCAAUGAAUAAAAUGAUAAGCAUUUCAAA